AUGAAGUUAUCCUUUGUUAGAGCUGCCAUCUGUUUCACCUUAUUGCUGUCAGCUUUAGGAAAACCAGCUGCCAUAGGGAAAGGUGGAUCGCUUGAGCUGGUAGCUGAUAGAUUAGAAAUAGAGAAAGAUGUGGUACCAGAUGUUGAUGCUAACGUGGAAAAUGAAAAGCCAAGUAAGAAGAUAGGUCAGGAAACCAGCCAAGGUUUAGAGAGUAAAAGUAUAAAAGAGGGUGCCACUUUGGAAGAGGAGGGAGAAGUGGAUGUUAAACCAAAGGUAGAAAAUUCAGAUGUUCAAUUGCCAGAGGAAUUAACAUUAGCUGAUUUUGCACAAUCUACUAGUAGUCAACUUUCGUUUGUUGAAUUUUAUUCACCUUAUUGUUCUCAUUGUAAGCAAUUAGCGCCAACAUGGGAAGCUACAUAUAAAGAGUUUUAUCCUGAGAUGAAAGAAUUGAAUAUUCAAAUGAGGCAAGUUAAUUGUAUUGAGAGUGGUGAUUUGUGUGAUAAGGAAAGCGUAGAUUCUUUUCCAAGUUUAAGAUUAUACGUUCCAGACACAGAUAAAGUUACAGGAGAUCUUAUUCCAGGCAAACUGAGAUUUGUUGGUUCAUUUCCAAGAUCGCUAAUGAGGACAUCCGACAAUUUUAAGAAAUAUAUGAAGAAUGCCGUGGCUGAAUAUGACUCGGGAGCCAUAAACUUGCCUAGUUCAUCGCAGUUAUUAACCGUAGAUGAAUUGUUAAAGGUUGUUGCUGGUGAUAUUGAACAAGCACAUUUCGUAGCGUUCUUCCCAUCAUACGAUAAACAAUGGAAAGAGAGUGAUUCUCAAAGCAAAAACUUAUUUCCUUCAACUUGUGUCGAUUGUUACGAAUACAAACAAAUUUGGGGUAGAUUAUCGAAUCAAAUAUUAAGUACAGUUAAGUCAGCCCACGUUAAUUGUCGCUCUAACCCAAAUAUUUGUGAAAAGUUAGGUUUCAAGGAUUUGACAACUGGGUCUGGGAGACCAACACUUCCUAAAUUUGCAAUGUUUUUGCCUGAAAAGACAGGAAUAGUAAGAUUUGAUUACAAAGGAGCUUACACAUUAUCUGAUUUGAAAGCUUUUGCAAGUAGAUUGUAUGAGAGCUCUCAAUAUGAAAAAAUAUCUGCUACUACAUUAUCGGAAAUUAUGGAGUAUAAAAAUAACUUGCCGUUUGAACCAUUGAAGUCUUAUUAUCCUUUAAACAAUAAAGUGUCCGUUGUAUUUUAUUAUGACGAAGAGACAGUUACCGAAGAAGAUAGAGCUAUUUUACCAUACUUAUUAGAGUAUGUAAUGAAGUCACCAUUCAAUGUCUACUUAUACACAGCGAAAAACAAAAAGUUUGAAAGGAAUGUUGUGACCCAAGCUGAAAAUUUGGUACAAUUUAUAAACUAUGAUGAAGAUGCACCACCAAAGAAAUUUAACAAGGCUAUGCAUUUAGCUACAACAUUGACAGCUAAACCUACUAUAUUGGUUUACAGAGAUAAUACAUUAUUCACAAGUAUAUAUCAAAACUUUGCUCCUGAAGAUAUGAGAAAUCAUAACAAGAUUGAAGAAUUCAUAAAGAAGAACCAAUUUCCAUUGUAUCAGGAAUUAACACCCGAAUUAAUAAAGCAUUAUUUUAAUCCUAAUAAAGAAGAGGCGGGAGCUGAUAAAGUGGUAGUUACGUUUAUUAAUUCAGAGGAUGCUAGAACUACUAACGAAGCACUCUAUAAUAUGUCAUUAAUUGCUCAUGAUUAUUAUUCUUUGAAGCAAGAAUAUUAUUUCAAUGAUAUGACAAAGCGUAGAGAAGAGAAAGCCCAGAAUGCCGCUCGUUUGCAACAAAAAAAUGCAGACAGUGUUAAGGUUAUUAAGGAAAUGAGAAAAAAAGUUCCUCAUUUCUUCGACUCUCACGAAGUUUUGUUUACAUUUAUUGAUGUUUGUAACCACCCUAACUUAGCUCAAGCACAAGGAUGGGAUAUUAGUAAGGCCAAUUAUAAACCUGGUGAUGCAAUUAUCGUUACCAAAGAUGAUAGAAAGUAUUGGGACACCAAUAUUUUUGGUAAAAAGUUGACCAAUGACCCAUAUGAAUUGAAACCAGUCUUGCAGUAUUUAUUAGACCCAGAAUUAUUAUUUGGAAAGGUGCAUGAAAGAGAUGUCAGAUUGAAGUCCAAAUUAGUCGGCAGUCCAUAUGGUGAUAGUUUUAGAUUUAUGGAUACCGUUCACCAACAUGGAUUCUUUGGGUAUAUUUUCUUCCUUAUUGCUGCAUACACCCUAGUUGCCGGUGUCAGAAAAUACCUUAGCAUGAGAAGAAAAUCUGCCUCGAGGACAUCAAACGGGUUGGGAAUAUUAGGGAACCUUGAUAAAAAAGACUAA